ACACGCGUCGCGAGCGCAUCAUUGUUGUCUGAGACAGUUUUACGUGUAUUCUGUAAGGUCCAUCAGGACGCACAGUACUUACACACCAUCUUCCUUCAUUUCCGUCAUGAUAUUCAGAAAUACGGAUUGUUGUCAGUUCACCUCAAAACGCAGUCAAAUGCUAAACAAGAAGCUCACACAUUGACAGUACAGCCUACGCCUAAGCAUCUACAUCGUGGGUUUGUCAGUUCACGACAUAUAAUACCUUUCUGGGAUAAAUAGUUCUUGCUCUGCAAAGGAUUUCUUACACUUUAAUACUUUCUCAGCUAGAAAAGAAGCCAGAAUGGCAGCGAACAGUCUAACCCCUGAUACCCGAGUAGGGUUUUUAGGGGCAGGAAAGAUGGCUCAAGCACUCGCGAGCGGCUUCGUUAAAACAGGGCUCGUACAAGCGGGCAACAUUACAGCCAGCCGACGACACCCCGAGGCUCCGAACAUUCUCAAGGACAUGGGUGUCAUGGUAACCGGGGACAACAAGGAGGUCGUCAGACGCAGCAACUUGGUCUUCAUUGCCGUCAAGCCAAACAUGGUGGAGGCUGUGUUAAAAGACAUAGCAGAAACAGUCACAGUUGAUAACUUGAUAAUUUCCAUAGCUGCUGGGAUCACAAUAGCUACCUUACAGAAGGAGCUACCCCCCGGGACACGUCUCAUACGGGUUGUUCCAAAUCUGCCCGCCCUGGUAGGCCAGGGGGCGGCGGUGUUGUCGCGGGGAAUAACAGCAAGGGAGGAGGAUGUGUCACUGGUGAUGACGUUGGUGCGGAGCGUUGGUCAGUGCGACGAAGUACCAGAAAGUCUACAAGAUUCGGCAACCGGAGUCAGCGGCAGCGGCCCAGCAUACGCAUUUGCAGCAAUAGAGGCUCUGUCAGACGGAGGGGUGAAGAUGGGGCUCCCCAGAGACCUGGCCAUGAAACUCGCAGCACAGACCAUGUUGGGAGCAGCCAAGAUGGUUCUCGAGUCUGGAAAACAUCCAGGUCAACUGAAAGAUGAAGUUUGCUCCCCAGGGGGCACCACCAUUGCUGCCAUGCAUAAACUAGAGAAAGCAGGGUUCAGGGGGGCCUUGAUUGAUGCGGUGGAAGCCGCGACACUACGAGCAAGGGAGCUAGGACAGAAGAAGUGAAAAGUGUUAUAUUUGUUUUUGUUUUGUUGUUGUUUAACACCGCACUCAGCAAUAUUCUAGCUAUGUGACGGUGGGUGUAUAUAAUGAAGUCUCGACCAGACAUAAGAUGACAUGCAUCAACCAAGUCAGCGAGCCUGACCACCCGAUCCCGUUUGUCGCCUCUUACCACAAGCAUGAUCGCCUUUUACGGCAAGCAUGUGAAUUCUAACCAGGCUCUUCACUGUUAUAUUUAUAUUAUAUAUGAGCCACUCAACUGCUAUGAUACAAAAAACACCAAUGUUAAGAAUGAGUCUUUCUCCGGGUUGAUUUGCGACUGGGAAUACAGCUGGAUGUUUUCUGAAGCCAAUUUCUCAAUUAAUAAAGUGCAUAAGGUUUAAUAUACUGAGGUCCUAUAUGGGACCACUCAUGAUAUAAUAUGUAUGUCCAUUUGAACAACAGCCUGGAGAAAGAAAUGCUUAAUGAUUUGAAAUUCUAUAAAUUUAGAUGCAUCGGGAUAUUACAAGGUUGAUAGUUCUCAUUUUAAUUUGAUAUUCAAUUGUUUAUGAUACAAAAAUGCCUUUUUCCAUGAACUAUAUAUUUAUUGUUCAUGUAUAUAUGUUAAGAGCUCUGUGAAGAAGUGUCCGUUGAAUGGAUGUCAGUAUUCACUACUCAUUGUGCUACAGAAAUGACAGCCCGACCGGAUAGAAUGGAGCCACGCUGAACGAUCUAUUAUCGCUGCACACAAUAAGACUGCAGAAACGCUACAUUAGGGGAAAGCUGAAGAGGUGAUGUGCACAAUUAUGUGUGCUACUCGCAGCUGUUUGAGUUGACGGGUGUGUAAACGAAUCUCCUACAUAUACAACUGAAUUAUACCUAUAAAUCAUUUUUGUGUUCCGUUUCUGUUUAGCCAAAUGAGAUUUAUUUUAACUGUCUUUAUCACAAUAAAUAUUUUAUAAACGAU